AUGUUGCAAGAAUGGGAUGUGCAGCUUGUGCUUCUAGGCUUAGCUACGACACUGAUUGGUCUUGUUCCAGCUGUAUAUGCUGGUGGCAAUGUUGCUGCUACAUCCAUCGCAACCUCAACACCCAGAGCAGAGCGAUGGCCAUUUUCGAGACAAAAUUUUCGAGGGUUUACAAUCUUUGUCCUUCAUCGACUGCUGAAGAUUCUCCUUCUUUCCUUACUCCCCGCGCGAGGCUCCAGUGUUAUGAAAUGCUUCCUCGUCAGUGUGAUAUGUGAUUUGGCGCUUUCGACUCUCAAAGUGGCAAAUGUGCACGCCAUUAUCAACAAGCACCCGCAAGUCCCACUACACCGACGUGUUCUCAAUCAGUCAACAUGGUUCGACAUCUUCCCGGCUGCGUUGCUGUAUAGCACUGCGUCGAAUCUAAGCCUUUACCUCACCAUGUAUGCUAUUCGUACACUGGGCUUCUUGGAUCAUGAUUUCUCUGAUGUGUCCCGCAACACAGCACUUUACAUUGUAUUUGCGACGGCUACAGUCACCUACUUUGGAGCUAUGCUUCCCGCAUAUGCGAUCUUUAUCCGGGUUGCUGCCUCUAUGGAGCCUUUGCAAGACAAUGCCAAUAGGCAGGAACUUGGAUAUCUGGAUAUCAAGAGCGCUUGGCAAAGCUUGCAUGAAUUUGCUUUCCGUCAGUUCAUUGAGUUGUUUGGAGGGAUCUUUGUAAUUGAAUAG